AUGCUGAGGCAGCAACGGUGCUGUGGAAUGCAAGUCCCUCCCAUCAAAUUCUCACCAGGAUGUCUUGCUGCAAGUACGACACCGUGGGCUGGUCCUCCCUGGCUCGCUCCUCCACCACCGCCAGAAUCUCCGCGGGAAGGAAAGUGGAGUAGUGCUUUCCCGUCUCCAUCUGCAUGUGGGGUGGAGGGUUCCAGGUGGGUGCGCGCAGAGGGGGCCGGUGGAGGAGAUGUGGAUGGGGCUGGUUGUCAAGAAUGUGCCUACAAAUUGCUGCAGGUUUGCCGGCACUUGAACCACGCAGGGCCAAAUGGUGUCGGAGUGAUUGAUGCCUCCUGCGUUCAUGUCCUUCAACCUCGCAUCCAGCCACAAUACCACAGAAAAUACAGCCCUGGGCGGCCCUCGCCCAUAAUUCCACUCAAGAGCACCAUCACUGGUCCCACAGCACGCCAGAAAGCCCCUUUCCCCUCAAUAAAGGCUCCCACUCCAUCCCGCACCUGCAGGUAG